AUGGACUCUAAACUUCACCCUGCUCUAACGGUUGGCAACAUCAAACACCUCAUCCCCUUAACCCUCGAACUUGAAACAGCACACUACACUAGCUGGUCAGCUUUAUUUCAGAACCACUGUCGGGCUUACCAGGUUUACGAUCACCUUAAGCCAAAGUCCGCCCUCACAGCCUCCUCUUCUGGUGACAAAACUGAUGCUAGUAAAACCGACACCGGCAAACCAAGUGCAGCAAUCUCUGAUGCUGAUGCACUUUGGAUUCGUUUGGAUGCUAUAGUCCUCCAAUGGAUCUAUGGCACCAUCUCCACAGACCUCCUGCACACCAUUCUCGCGCCCGGUCAAACCGCUUAUGAUGCUUGGACACUGCUUGCAAAUCUAUUCCGUGAUAACAAGAAUGCCAGGGCUGUUCAACUCCAGCAAGAAUUCUCCAAUAUUCGCCUAGAAUCUUUCCCCUCCAUGGCUGCCUACUGUCAACAAAUCAAACUUCUUUCUGACCAACUUACCGGUGUCGACGCUCCUGUUGAUAAUCACCGGUUGGUACUUCAGCUAUUGAGCGGAUUGACCGAACAAUAUGAGAGCAUCUCUACCAUACUUCAACACCGUGAACCACUACCAGAUUUUAAUGAGUGCAGGUCUCGCCUCACCAUGUAA